AUUGUCUACGUCUUCCCUGCUUGUGUGACAGGAACUACUCGCCCGUUUUAGGGUUAGGGGCCGCCGCCGGCGGCCGGACGAACCACCGGAGCUGCGCCUGCGGCGGCGCUGCCGCCUUCGCUUCCCCUCCCCCAUGCCCCCCACCCUGCAGAUUGGAGUUCCCUCCCUCGUCACCGCGUUCCAGUCGCCUCCGCAGCCACCGGUUUCGAGUACCCUAUCAAAGUAGACCAUGUCUUCAAGGGCAAGAGGAGGUGUGCGCCGUGGCGGGGGCCGGGGCCGCGGCCGUGGGAGAGCUGAUGUGGCAGAAAAUUACAUGGAUUACCAUGAGACACCUGUACCUUCUUCUCCAAGUACCAUUUCUGAUAGAGAGGACAAUGGCGAGUUCACUCCGGAACAAGCCCCUGCUUGCUGUGUAGGACCUGUGGAACCUGCAUCUAGCACGCUACUCAAUCCUAAGAUUAACCACCGUUCUGAUGCAAUUUUUGGUGAUCAGGCCGUGGAUCAGUUGAAGCUGCGUCACCACAAACCAUUAAAAUUUCAUGAGAGAUAUCGUCCUUAUCUCAGGGAUGCAGGACUUCUGGGGCUCUCGCAAAUUUGCCAGAAAAUGCCUCAGUUGGAUAAAGCCUUGAUUACUGCUCUUGUUGAGCGUUGGAGGCCAGAAACCCACAGCUUCCACUUGGCUUCUGGGGAGAUGACAGUUACACUUCAAGAUGUUGCAAUGUUGUUUGCUCUUCCUAUUGAUGGCCGCCCGGUUUGUUGUACUACGGAUCAUGAUUAUGGGCAGAUGGUCGUUGAUUGUCUAGGUCACGAUCCUAGAGGUCUAUCAAUGCCUGGGAAGUCCUUUUUGCAUUACAAAUGGCUGAAGAAGCACUUCUAUGAGUUACCAGAAGGGGCUGAUGAUCAGACAGUACAGAGGCAUGUUCGAGCAUAUAUCCUGAGCCUCUUAUGUGGGGUGCUCUUUCCAGACGGGACAGGAAGGAUGAGUCUGAUAUAUCUUCCACUGAUUGCUGAUCUUUCUCUUGUUGGAACAUACAGCUGGGGCUCCGCAGCCCUCGCCUUCCUAUACCGAGCCCUUUGCUCUGUUGCCUCCUCCCACAAUAUCAAGAACAUAGGUGGUUCUUUGCUUCUCUUGCAGCUUUGGAGUUGGGAGCACUCCCAUGUUGGCAGACCAUUGGCUCGGUCUUCCCUAUGCAUGGAGACAGACAUCCCACAAGACUUGCCCCCAAUUGGCUUUCGUUGGGUUGGUGCUCGCGCACAAAGUCAGAAUGCUACUCGCUGUCUUAAGCAGUACAGAGAUGAGCUAAACCUACAGCGAGCAGAUCAGUUGAAAUGGGAGCCGUACAUGCUCAUCGAGUCGUUGAGCUUACCACCACUCUGCACAAAAGAUGCUGACCUUUGGAUUACUCAAGCACCGUUAAUAAAUUUUCCUAUAGUUGAGAUGUAUCUGCCUGAGCGAGUGAUGCGGCAAUUCGGACUCCGCCAAUGCAUUCCACCACCUUUUCGGCCCACACUGCAGACAUUACAUCGUAUUAGUCGACGUGGUAGAGAGCGUGAGAAUUGGGAAGAGACGCAUCAUGAGUAUAUUCAGGAAUGGGAAGCACGGCGGCAUCGCAUAUUUCGGGAGGCUGAGCAAUAUGAUUUGUCAUCUUACGACGAGUAUCUGCAGUGGUACUCUGGAGCUACACGGAGGUAUCUUGUGCCAUCAACCAGUGAUGAUGCUGAAGCAGGACUUUUAUGUCCACCUGAUGAUUCCUCUGAUCUUCAAUACAAGGCCAAGUCUCCUAUGAUCCGCAAAGCGGUUGAUAAGCUGCAUGGUAUGAUGAAGAAGGCCAAGACAGCCAUGUCAUCCACAGCUGAUACAGCCACACAAGCCUUAGUUUUUGAAUUUUUGCAUGGUUUUGAAGAUGUGCUCCAUGAUCUUGGUGAGAUGAAGGAAAAGAGUGGCCCAGAGGCUUCACCUUUUGGUUCAGCUACUGGUUCACAUGUUGACUCAGCUGCCACCCACAAUGAGCCUCAACUUUUGCUUGAAGUUGAACAGAACAUUCUAAGUGACAAUCAAGAAGUUCAAUACCAGGAAGAUGAGGACCUUCAUACAGUGGAGCAUGCUAGAUUGACCCUAGAACCUAUGGAUGAGGAAAACCAGUGUUCCAACAAUUUAUUACUUGGUGUGGAUGAAAAUUACGGUUCAGCUUCAUUAGCCACUGAGAACUGUGAGACAGCAGAUUUUGUCAUUCCACAGCACAAUGAGUAUGUUGAUGAAGCCGGACAUCCUGCCGAAAUGGAUCAUAGUUUACUUCUGAUGGAAUCUAUGCCUCUGCGUGAGGAAAAUAACGGUGUUGACUCUGCGCCCUCUCCUGGACCUUCACCAGCGCUGGCAGCAACAUACGACUCAGCAAUGGAAAAUAUCAACUCAAGCACGCAAGGUGCCGAGCCAUCUUGUCCACAACAGAGUGUCGAUGUCGAACUGGAAGCUGCAGUGAAACAUACAGAUGGCGGAGAAGGAUGACAGUUAUAAUGGUGCUUCUUCCUCCAACCCUUAGUUCAAGCCGAGCUAUUGAUUGAGUUUAGUGUCACGUAUGUAGUGAUUUGAAUGUAGAUGACAUUUUUUUGGAGAUUAAGUGUGAUUACUAUUUCUGGUGUUAUUGGGUCUGUAGGUUUUAUUUGUGAUGUAGUCAUGUAGCAGCUUGCAUAUCUUGCUAACAAAUAUCCCAGGCUGAUCUGCUAGUGUAUAGAGGAAAAAUUGAAGGUCCUUGCACGUCUGAGUAACAGCUUUGUAGUGA